AUGCUCAUAUUUUCGAAGGGUCCCCCGAACCAGAAACCUGCGACAGGCGUCGUAGAGGACAAGGAUGAAGUUGUCGAAAGGAUAGAGGGGAUGAGUAAUGACCCAGUAGAAGAGGUGUACCGGAUGGACUACGACGAUCUGGACGGGUGUGGCGACUUCGAACACAAGAUGAUGACGAACGAUAUAUCGUUAGCUCCUACACUCAAAGUGAUCAGCAAUCUGAACCUAGGAACGUCCAACAAGAGGGCGAAAACCAUGCUUAUGUGGCUCAUGAAAAUAUACCACACACCUAUGACGAUGCCCUCAACCGACCUGACACUGACUCCUGGGUAUUCGGCGAGGUUUGUGGCUAAAGAGUUUAGCCCAGUCUACCAAGUAGACUGUGAAGAAACCUUCACGCCCGCUCAAACAUACUAUUUUUAUGGAACCACCCCCCGGAAGUAUCGACUACGGAAACAACAACACCAUGUGGAAGCCUCGAAAAAGCCAAUACAGGUUGAACACUGCUUGGUACCACGAAUCGUUGCGACUCGGACCAUGCCAUCUUUAUACACAGAGGCAAGAACAAGGAGCAGCUUAAAAGGACCUUCAGACCUCGGUCCGAUUGGCUCGAAAUCAAGUCAACGUUGCAGAGGACUGUCAUAUCCGUGCAUACCCGACCCCGACCUGACUUCCGGACCUCCACCUUCACCUCCGGAGUCAUACCCUACCGCUGCCAUUCCGAUACUCACCUUCGGUCCUGGCAACACACCUCCUUCUACCCCCCCAUGCCACCUCUACUCCUCCUCCCCUAUCUCCGUCCGCUCCGAUACUCACCUCGGACCGAACACCGCCCCUCUCGCCACCCUCCUACUACUUCUCCACCCUCCUACUCCGCUCCUCCUUCACAACACCUCCGCCCUCCCGUCAUCCUCCUACACUUCCCCCGUCCACUCCGAUACUCACCUUCGGACCUGA